AUGCCCACAAUAUCAGUAAAACGUGAUGCUCUUUUUACAGCACUUGGCAAAAGUUACACUGACGAUGAGUUUCAGGAUUUGUGUUUUGCAUUUGGACUGGAGCUAGAUGAAGUGACUACAGAGAAACAGAUGUUGAUGAAGGAGCAGGGAGACCAGGCAGGGGCUGGAGUGUCAGAAGAAAUCUUGUAUAGAAUAGAUAUUCCUGCCAACAGAUACGAUCUGCUUUGUCUAGAAGGACUAGUAGAUGGUCUCUUAGUAUUCCAGGGGAAGAAAGCACCGCCGCAAUACACUUUGAAGAAAUAUGAAGACUGCCACUCGUUGCAUUUAACUCCUGCCACAGCACUCAUCCGACCCUAUGCUGUAGCUGCUGUACUCAGAGGUGUCACGUUUACCAAGGAAUCAUAUGAUAGCUUCAUUGACUUACAGGAUAAAUUACACCAGAACAUAUGCCGAAAACGUACAUUGGUGGCUAUUGGCACGCAUGAUUUGGACACCAUACAGGGACCAUUUGUAUAUGAUGCAUUACCACCUACUCAGAUUAAGUUCAAAGCUCUUAACCAACAGAAGGAAACCACCGCUUCUGAACUUAUGGAACUUUACUCCACACAUGCCCAGCUGAAACAGUACCUUGGCAUCAUCAAAGACAGCCCGGUGUACCCCAUCAUCAAAGAUAAGAAUGGAGUAGUGUUGUCCAUGCCACCCAUCAUCAACGGAGAUCAUUCCAAAAUCACGCUUAACACCAAAAAUGUAUUUAUUGAGUGUACAGCAACAGAUUUGACAAAGGCCAUCGUAGUUCUAGAUACAAUAGUGAGCCUGUUCUCUAAAUAUUGUGCGGACGAGUAUUCGGUGGAACAGUGUAAAGUGUUCGCCUCGGACGGCACUUACGAGCUCUAUCCCAAGAUGGAGUCCCGAGAGGAAGUCAUUCAUUUGGACAAAGCCAAUCGUUAUAUCGGCAUCAACGCGAGCGGCGACCACGUAGCGAGUUUGCUGUCUCGAAUGUGUCUAUCUGCGACCCAUCGCGACUCUGUCGUGCGAGUGCGGGUGCCGCCCACGCGCCAUGACGUCAUACACGCUUGCGACCUGUACGAGGACAUUGCAAUCGCCUAUGGUUACAAUCGGAUAGAACGUCGUCCAGCUCAAGUUGUGACAGCAGGCGGUCAAGACCCCGUAAACAAAUUAACUGAACAAUUACGACACGAGUGCGCUCAUGCUGGGUAUACGGAGGCGCUCACAUUCACACUGUGUUCUCGAGAGGAUGUAGCUACAAAACUAGCUGUAAAAAUUGAAGACGUUCCUGCAGCGCAUAUCUCAAACCCUAAGACAUUGGAAUUCCAAGUUGUUCGCACACGUCUUUUAUCUGGCCUACUAAAAACUUUGGCUGCUAACAAGAAGAUGCCUUUGCCUCUAAAGCUAUUUGAAAUUAGUGAUGUGGUAUUGCAAGAUAACAGUGUUGAAACUGGAGCUCGCAACGAACGACGGCUGUGUGCUGUGCACUGCGGACGAUCCGCUGGCUUUCAGUUUGUGCACGGCCUUCUAGAUCGCAUCAUGUUAUUGCUUCGAGAAACAUGGGACAAACAAACCGGAUACUUCCUACGACAAUGCGAAGAUCCUGCGUACUUCCCGGGACGUUGCGCUGAGGUGAUACUGCGAGGGCGUGUGAUCGGCAAGAUAGGGGUCAUUCACCCUAGCGUGCUUGCCUCCUUCGAUCUCACUAACCCGUGCUCAGCCGUAGAGAUUAACAUCGAGCCAUUUGUAUAA